AUGUCCGUGAAGCUGCGUCUCUCUCCGCUGGCGUCGGAGCUGCGGCGCCUGCCCUGGAGGUUCGCGCUGUUCGCCUGGGUGUUGCUGGUGACCCUCUCCUGCCUCGCCGUGGUGCCAGUGCUCCGCGAGGCUGUGGGCUUGUCCACCGAGAUGCACCUGGCGGAGCAUCUAUUGCUGAUGGGCCUCGGGGGGAUCUUCGGCUCGGCGCUGCUCUCGCCGCUGUUGCUGCUCACACGCACGGGCCGGCGACGCCACGCGCGAGUCCGCCCAGGUCAGUCCCUUUGCCGGGGCCUCUUGAAGGCUUAUGCCUUUUCGAUCUUUGCGCAUCUCACAGCGGCGCUGGUGAUCCCUCUGCUGGCGCAUUUGGCAAUUUUUCUAGUCGCCUUCUUCCUGGUGUGGCUCGUGGUGAUGCUGGCGCGCUGUCCAAGGCGCCAGGAGCGCGUCAAAGCCAAGCCCAGCUGCGCCGCGAGCCCGGCUGGAGCCGGUUCAAACGCCGGCUAUGGCGCCGCGACCGCGGCCCCGGCAGCUCCGGCGGUUCCGGCGGUUCCGGCGGUUCCUGCGGUGGCGGUGUCGGCGCUGAUGAUGUUCCUCCAGAGCACGGCGCUGGCGUGGGUGCGGCCGGACGAGUCCUCCGAGCCUCCCAGUUUGGCCACCGAGGAGGCGGGGAAACGGGAACUGGCCAAUCUGCUGGACCUCAAAGUGGUGCAGCUGAAGUUUGCCUCGGCGAGUCAGUUGAAGAAGCACUUCAAGGUGCCCUGCGCUUCCUUGGCUUUCCCCCAGAGUGUCUUGGUGCUGGUGCACCCCAAGCUGCGCCAGCUGGCGCCCGGCGCUCACGUGAACCUCGGGGGGAAGGCUGCGGUGUGGUUUGGAGCCACGCGGCUCGUGGGCGGGCGCCUGGAGGUGCUAUCUACGGACAGGCAGCAAAACAACAUCCGCUUCCUGGAUCAGCUCAGCAACCGCGGCGUGGCCGCGCAAGCGCCGCAGCCUGUGCUCGCGCGCUGCCCUCGCUGCGACAACGACGCCGCCGCCGCCUCCGCGCCCACGGAGAAGACCUGGCGCUGCAACGCCUGCCGCGGCGAUCCGGAGCACGUGAGGAACGUGCGCCGAGCCGUUGCCGCGUACCGCAUUGGCUGGAAGAGAGCGGAGGAGACGCUGCAAGCGAUGCUGCUCUCUGCCAUUAAGCGGGGCCACGCAGAGGCAGCGUGGAUCAGCAGCAAGGCGCUGGCGCCCUUGACCCAGCCGCGCUUCCUGGAGGCAGCGCUGCGGGGGAGGAGGCCAGGUCUGGUGGCCACUGUCCUCGGCUUCAGCGCGGAGGAGGUGCUGGCGCAGGCGCUGAGCGCAGCGCAGAGCCACUGGCUCAACACGGGCCGCGACUUGGCGCUGAUCCGGCGCACCCUGCGGGAGGCGCGGGCCGCCCUGUUCCUGAACCAGAAGGAUGAGGAGCUGUCAAGCGCCCUCGUGGAGAUCUUGCGAGAGCCCCCACUACGUUUGCCCUGGCCAGCGGUGGAGACGAUACGGUUCUUCAUCUUCUGUCGCGAUGCGAAGGAGCUUCUGCAGACCACGAAAUUGGCACUGAGCCUCACCGAUGGCAUGCACAUCCGCAGCUGA